AACCUUUCAAGCUGAGAUUAAUAAUUAUUUGGAACUCUUGUCUAUGUAAUUAUUUUUCCGGAAAUUUCGUUAAAAUGGCCUUUCGACGAGUAUAUGAUCUUGCCUUUGAAGAUGAUGAUAGUGAUGAAGAAUUUGUCGUUCGACGUCCUCGAUGGAUCCGAGAAAGAGAAGAUCAUUUCCAAAAUUUGGACAAUGCGGAUUUUGAGAAAAGAUUCCGUCUCUCAAAAAAAGCUGCACUCCAAAUACUGGGUUCAAUUGAGGAACAAAUUGAAUUUGCAAACGAGAAGUAAGUUUUAAUGUUUCAUUUUCCUUUUGAAUUGGCUACUGAUAUUGUUGAGGUUAUGUUUGCAAUAUAGUUUGAUACACUGAUUUUGCGUUUCCUAUUGAUUUCCAGGAAUAAUUCUGUUUCUCCAAUGAAUCAGUUACUAUGCACCUUACGAUACUAUGCUACUGGUUGUCACCAAAUGACAGUUGCAGACUUCACUGGAAUUAGUAAAUCGACAGCCCACAGAAUAAUUCAUCGAGUGAGUACUGCUAUUGCCUCUCUCCGUCCACUGCAUAUAACAUUCCCUGAAACUCAGGAGGAAAUUCGAAGAACACAGCCUGAAUUUUUCGGAAUUGCAAGCUUUCCAAGGGUUUUGGGUGCCAUCGAUUGCACUCAUGUUAAAAUUAAAACUCCAGGUGGUGAUAAUGCAGAGCUGUUUCGUUGCAGAAAGGGUUACUUUUCACUGAAUGUUCAGGCUAUAUGCAAUGCCAAACUUGAAUUCACAGACAUAGUUGCGAGGUGGCCUGGAAGUAGUCAUGAUUCCACCAUAUUCCGUAAUUGCUAUCGGAAAGCUAUGUUUGAUGAUGACAGAUAUGGAAAUGCUGUCCUAGUAGGAGAUAGUGGAUAUUCCUGUACCAAGUAUUUCAUGACUCCUUUUGAAAAUUGUUUGAACCCUGCGGAACAAUUAUACAACGAAUCUCAAAUCAGAACGAGAAACCCUGUGGAAAGAAUGUUUGGAGUUUGGAAAAGACGCUUUCCUGUAUUAUCGUUAGGUUUUAGAAUCGAUUUGGAUAAAGUAUUUCCUGUAAUAGUGGCAACGGCUGUACUUCAUAAUGUCCUACGAAGACGUGGGGAAGAUGUCCCACCUUUUGAUGCUGAGUUUGAAGCCAACCUACCAGCUGGGAUGUUAUAA